CUUGUACAGGGGGCCCAAGGGGAACAAGAGGAUCGUGCACCGGCUUCCUUCCUGACAUUCAACCCUCAUUGCACGACCAUACGGCCUUCUGCCAGCUCAUGAGGUGGCUGUGAACAGACGACGACCCCUGACGACUUACGACUCGUGAUACCCUACAGCUGUUUAAAGGACUUCCACGACUUUGACUUCACGACGCGCUUCCGAUGAAGCGCAUGACCAACUUCCUGUCUUCGGACAAGAGCAGACCUGCCACUGCUUCGACGCCUGUCACGCCCGCCGUAGCUGGUCGCAAAUCAGACGACGGUCAACGCCUGGAACUCGCGGGCUCCUCAUCCCCGAGCGAGCAGAGCUUUGGCGUGCAGCGAGGCGCGUCCCCCGCACCUGGAUCGGCCGCGGCUGGCAAUUUGGCGACAAUCCCAGAAUCACGACAGCAGGCCUACUUCGACCUUCCCACCAGUGGCACACUGCCCAUGUAUUCGGCUGCACCGCGAACGCCAAUGGCCUUCCUCAGUCCCCACCCUACGGGCCAGACAACGAUGAGCCAGAGUGCUGGCCCGCAGUCCGUGGGGCAGAUGGGCGCUGUCCAGUACCUCGCGGCUCCUGUACAAGCAGCUCAGGGUCAGCGCACAGCGUCCUCUUCUUCUUCUCCAGAUCCCAAUCCCGUCGACCGUGCCGAUCUCCACAGAUCUCUCAAAUCACUCGAGACCCUCCUCGCCCAGCUCGACGAAUAUCGCGACCUUCAGGCCGCCCUCGCCAAAUGCGAAAAGAAGCUCUUCAAGUCAUGUGCUGAGCUGGCCAAGAACAACAAGGCUGUCGUCGCCGCUGCGCCGGCGUCAGCUUUACAGCAUUCUGCUGCCAUCUUUGAGGCGCAGCACGAGGUCACGAGCAAGCACGCCAAGAUGGUUCAGAAAGAGUACGAAGCACUCAAUGAGGCGUGUGCCAAGUACUUCAAGAAAGUAGCCAAGGAGGAGCGUACGCACGAGGACUUGGUACAGGGCCUUGAGAUCAAAGUGCGCAAAGUCCAGUCGACUUACGAUGGGAAGAAGGCGCAGUCAGGCCCGCGCGCCCUCGAGGCUCACGACCGGUACAUCGCCACCAUGUCCUCUCUUACAAACGAUAUCGCCAAGGCCAAGACCACGCACGCGUCGAGCAUCGGCGUCAAGUCACACAGCACGGCGCUGCUCGUCGCCUCUGCAGUCGGCGGGCUAGCAGAAGCCUCGUUCCGCGCUCAAUGCGAGACGGUGCGCCGGUCAGGCCCCAACGUCGGGCCACUGGCUCAGUGGGUCAACUUCUGCUCAAGCGAGGCCAUGCCCUCUAAUGCUCCGAUAGAGCUCAGUGAGGAAGAGGUCGGCGUGGCGGCGCACUUUGCUGUCGCUGAGGCGCAGGCUGCUGAGGCGCAACGUCUUGCCAAAGAGGCGGCACUCCAUCAAGUGAGAAGCCAGGCCGUGGGCGAGUGGAAGCAUCAGCAGCAGGAACAACAGCAGCAGUACGCUGCCUUGGCUGCUCAAUCGCUGCUUGGCUCACCGCAGGUCGGCGGGCAUCAAGGGCUGGACCCUUCGUUCGCCUUCAGCGAUAAGCCAAACCCGCAGCAGCAGACGAUGUUGGCCGCUGCCUUACCCCGACUGGAUUCGAGCGGAAAAGAGGUGGACGCGGCCAAAGAGAAGCGGGAUUUUCGGCUCGGGGCUUCGUACAACGACGAAGCCCCGAAACAGUCCGAGCAGGCUGAAAGGGUCAUCGUGGAGGAAAAAGAGGAGGAGGGGGCAGAGGGGGAGAUUGAGAACGGCCUCCGAGUGAUCAAAGAUGUCGGGCAGGGAGUGCAGCGUAAAGCCUCAGCGCACAGUCAGCACUCACAGGCCGCCGAGCCCACAAUGAUUGACCACGGGCCAGCUUCGACGGCAAUCAGGGAUGGCCAGCCCGUCCCCAGAAAGAGCACGCCAGCCGAAGCGGUCUCGUCCUCUUCGUCCUCACCUCUAUCCUCCUCACUGCAGCGCGACUCAUCGCAAACGAGCGGCUCAGCGAAUGGCAGCAGCAGCGGGCCAAGCGGCACCGGAUCUGCCAUCUCGUCUUCUUCCUCCUCGACAGCGCCAGCCUCGCCCUACCCGCGGACACCGGACGAGGGCGAUCCGUUGCCUUCAUCAACAGCUGCCCUUGGCGGCUUGCAGGUCCCACCUGCCGUUCCCGAAGAAAGCGAGGCGCCGCUUUCCACCUCUACCUCAUCGCCAAGCAUGCCUCGUAUGGCCUCACCCAAGCCUCUGCGCCCCUCGCCCGCCGUGACACCGACCAAGCCAGUCGCAAAGAAACCGGGCGAAACACUCAGCCCUUCCCCCUCUGUCAAGCACCGCUGGGAACAAGAGCGGGAGCGCGCCCUUGCAAGGCAGAGAGAGACGGAGCUGGAGCGUCGCCUGCAGCAGGCCGAGGACAGGCUGCGUUUUGUGGAAAGGGCAAAUCCACCGCCGGCUGAGAGUAGCAGAGGUGGAGGUGGCGCGCUGGUCGCGCCGUCAGCGAGGGAUCAGGGGAGGAUGUCUCCAUCUUCGUACGAGUCGUCCAGCCAGGCGCCGAGGUCACCGAGGACGUUUGAUCGGUACGACGAUCGUUCUCGUGAUGCUGCGCGCCAGCAGCUACAACCACCGUCAAGGCCCACUUCUCAGCUGUACCGCCAAGAAGCUCCUUCCUCGGUGGACGGCCCCUAUCCGCGCCACUCUGCCGCCUUCGAACGUCCGCCUCUACAGCAACAGCCGCAGCGUCGUCGCCAAUCUUCUACAGAGUCGGAGCGCUCCUUCGUUGCGAGGAUGAAGGCUCAUUACCAGGCCGAGAAAUUUGCCACAACCUCUACGGCUCCUUCGAGUGGUUUCGGCAGGAGAGGCGCUGGGCAGGACGCGCAUGACGACAGGGAUCACUUGAAGAGACCACAGCAACAGAACAGACGCGCUACCAUGCCUGUCGCCCCUUCAGUGUCACCAGGAGAGUUCGGACAAUAUCGCGAUCGCGAUCAAGACCGCAGGCCGGUCUCACCUUACGAUCAGCAGCACCGCGGGGCCUACGCGGCUGCUUCUUCGCCAGCCCCUCCGCGUCACUCAGACAUCUGCGGAUGCCAGAGCUGUUCGGCGAGGCACUAUGCUACGGAUAGCGUGAAGGCAAGUAUGAUGCAGGGCGCGAUGCGUGGGGAUGGAGGAGCGGGGAACACGGGCGGGACACGGAGGGGGAUGAUGGGAAUGAAUGAAGCAGGAAGGCAGGGCGUUUUGUCGAUGGGAAGGGAGAGAUGAGCUUUAUGACGCUUACAGCAACUGUGACGACGAUACCCGCAAGGCUGUGCAUUGAUGACGACUGAAGAAAGAUGGCGCUUCAGCAGAUUGAAUGGAUCACGUUGCCGCCUCGUGAAGGCUCAACGCUUGGAGCAUUCGCUCUUAUUUGUCAAUCGUGCUUGAUGCUGAAACCACCACCUGACCUCGGCCCUCGCCAUCCUACUGGAUGACAAAUCGCUUUUCGUAAACGACUUCUCGCUUCGGUGGGCGUACCAUGUAUUGGGGUGGACCUAAGCUGGACCUAAGCCUCCUGUCGGCAUCGGCUGGCGGUCCGGCGACAUGGAAUAGGUAAGGGAGGAUGACUCGGAUAGCUUUGACGGGCUCGAGAACCAAGAGGACAACAGCAGUGCCACGGGCUGGACGAAAAGUGA